GGCUUCGUGUUCUCGCAGUGUCUACCUUUGAAUGAAGAAAGCGAGGGAUUGUCUUCUCAAAACCUUUCGCAGGACCUUCUUCACUCUCCAAAACCCUAGACCCCAGGUUUCUCUCUCCCUCCCUCUCUCCUCUCUGUUUGUGUUUCAUUCCGUGGCUUAUCUUGGAAGAAAAAUGGCGCAACAGAUGGAAGAUCUGCCAGAAAGAUACAGUUACAAUCCUGUUUUGAGAUGGAAUCCUCAAGUGGAGGAGUAUUUCGUGAAGGCUUACGGAGCGGAGCAUUUCGCCCUCAUUUCUAAAGCUCUCACGUACCUCUCUUCCUUCUGUCUGCUUUAUACUCUGUCUUCUCCAUAGCUACGAGCUUCAUGAUAAACGGGGCCGACUGAAUGCGCCCAUCUUGUUACUCAUGUAUACGUGUAAAUACACUCAAGUCCACAACUGAUACUGUUAUCGAGAAGUUAUCAACUAUUGUUAAAGAAAUGGGACAUUCGAAUUCUGAAAACAAAACAUUAGUGGGUGGUGAUGUUAAUGUCAAUGGUAUUGAACUUAUGCAAAGUGGCAGUCAGAGGGCCUCAAUGAAGAUUGAAGAUGAGAAAAACUCAAUCACUGAAAAGUUUCAACAUCCGUCCAUCUCAAGGUGUCAGGUACCUGGGUUAGACUAUGUUGUAUUUGUAAGGGGUUCAGGGCCACACACAAUUGAUUAUGGUUAUGCAAAUGGCAGACCUCCAAAAGAAGUGAUUGUGAGUCGAAAAUGUGCCGAGGCAGUUCUUCGUGGAGCUCAGGUUUAUGUUCCCGGUGUUAUGGCUUGCAGUGCUCAUGUUGAGAAAGGGGAUGCAGUUGCUGUGUCAGUUGCUGUGGAGCAGCCCGGGCUUGAUGGUGGAUGGAGUCUUGGCAUUACUCGAGGGACUGUUGUGCAGGGCUUACUGACUGAUCCUUAUCACUCUGAAAGAAAUGGAUUAUAUAUUGGUCAAGGAACAACAGCAAUGUCAAGGGCUGGGAUUUUUCGUGUUUCAGAAGGAAUUGCUGUGGACAUGAAUAAUAGAGUAUUUAAACUGCCAUCCUUUUAUGAUGUGCUCGAGGGAGAAAUCUUUCUUCAAAACCUGCCGAGCAUUGUCACUGCUCAUGCUUUAGAUCCACAAAAAGGUGAACGUAUAUUGGACAUGUGUGCGGCACCUGGGGGGAAAACAACUGCAAUUGCAAUCCUUAUGAAGGAUGAAGGGGAGGUCAUUGCUGCUGAUAGGUCUCACAAUAAGGUGAUGGAUAUUAAAAAAUUGGCUGCUGAAAUGGGGUUGAGCUGUAUAGUAACCUAUAAGCUUGAUGCUCUUAAAUCUGUUAAUCGAAACACUGAUUCCUGCAAGGGCACUGCUUCAGUUUGCAUUGAUGCCAAUGAGGGUGUUGUGAACUCCAAUUCAAUGAAACUCGACAAUGUAAAACCAUCCUCAAUUACUGAAGUAUCGGAAGUUGAUGAGACUAAAAUGCAGAAUGCCAAAGGAAAGAAGAAUGGUAGGAGACUGCGGAAUGGUCCAGGAAGAAAUCAAUGCAUGGGUGGUAGAGCUGAAAACUCAAAAGGUUUUGCCCCCAACAGCUUUGACAGAGUCCUUCUUGACGCUCCUUGUUCGGCCCUCGGUUUAAGACCUCGACUAUUUGCUGGGGAGGAAACAAUUACAUCGUUGAAGAACCACGCAAAGUAUCAGAGGCGCAUGUUUGAUCAGGCUGUCCAAUUAGUUCGUCCAGGCGGAGUAAUUGUAUAUUCAACCUGUACGAUAAACCCUGGUGAGAAUGAAGCUUUGGUUCGUUAUGCUUUGGAUACGUAUAAGUUCUUGACCUUGGCCCCGCAGCAUCCAAGAAUUGGGGGACCUGGCCUUGUUGGUCAUUUUGAGUUUGCUGAUCAUUCUGUGGAGGAAUGGUUAAGACCUGGUGAAGAACACCUCGUUCAAAGGUUUGAUCCAUCAUCGCCGCUCGACACAAUUGGGUUUUUCAUUGCCAAAUUUUCUGUUGGCUCCAAAGAUUCCGAACAGGAAGACCAUCUUGCAAAUGCAUUGUGAUUGGUAAGGUACAACAUUCUAAUUUUUUUUUUUUAAUUGGGCUAGUUUCUUUGCACCUUGACUAAUUUCACGGGACAACCCGCUAACCCUACAGCAUUUAAGUGUCAAAGAACAACAUCCUUGUUUGAAGUUAGUUUGCUUGCAACUUGUAUUGUUAAACUGAGAGGAAUACAAUUGUUCCUAACACCUUAUCAAUAUAUUAAUUUUAGUUGUCAUGAAGUAUCGAUGGGAACGUGAUGUAGUAUUGUUAA